UUCAACAAAAAAGCAAAAUUUUUUCUUUUCGCACUUGCUUUUGUUGCUGUGGCUAGCGCUGGUUAUAUUCCAGCCGCUCAAGUUUAUCAUUCUGCACCAGUUGCGGUACAUGCAGCACCAGUAGCAGUGGAACAAAAGGUAGUGGUCAGAGCUGAAGAAUACGAUCCUCAUCCACAAUAUAAAUACUCUUAUGGUGUUGAAGACAAAUUGACCGGUGAUUCCAAAAGCCAAGUUGAAGAACGUGAUGGUGAUGUAGUGCGUGGUGAAUAUUCCUUGAUUGAUGCUGAUGGUUACAAACGUACCGUACAAUACACAGCUGAUGAUCAUAAUGGGUUUAAUGCUGUCGUUCAUCGUGAACCACUUGCUGCUCAAACUGUUAUCAAAACUGUAGCUCCAGUAACUCAUUAUUCCGCCCCUACUGUAACUCAUUAUACCGCUCCAAAUGUUGUCAAAACAGUGGCUCACUUUACAGCACCCACAUAUGUCAAAACUGUUGCCCCAGUCGCACAUUACGCAGCUCCUGCACAAUACACUUCCUAUGCUGCUCCUUCUUACAAUUAUCACCACUAAACUCUUUUAAAAUAUAAAAAUUGCUUUUAUUUAUUUAGUUUGUAUUUUGAUAGAAUAAACUUAAAUUUCUUAAACAUCCAAUCGAAUAUUUUAUGGGUUUUACUCUAAUUUUUACCAC